AUGUGCUGAUUGUUCAGGCUUCAGUCUGUUCUAGGGCAGAGAACCGUUUGUACGCAGCAAAGUGGACGUUCGUACAAAAAUACAUCGCUCUUGUGAUGGUAAAGCCUGCUUCCCAGCGCACACGAUAUAUCGUUGGACCGACACCAGUGGUAGCCAACUUCACCUGGUGGUGGGCAUCCAAGGAUCCUCGACAGAACAACGCUCAAUGGGCUGAAGUAUCUCCGUAGUUUAAGAUCGAAUUGGAAUUGAUGAUUUUGAAAUUUGAAGAUCCUAUUCUGUAUUCUCUGUUCUGAGCUAUGGUACGGUUCAUUUUAUGACAAUUAUGUUCUAUCUUUAUUGCCUUCGAUCUUCUUGCGACCUCUUUCAUCAUUAGUGAAGACACACAUCUUGAAUGGCCAUGCUAAAAGUAGUCGGAGCUUCUUGGGAGCAGACCAGGUUGACGUUUUUCCUCUUGGGGGUUGUUGGCAUCAUGGCUGUGAUCGCAAUAUUCUUCUAUGAAAUUCCUGUAACUAAAAACGAUGGGUUUUAUGCAGCGACUGUUUAUUGGAAGCAAGGCUCUAACUUCCGUGUGAGGUACUGGGGUCAGAAUAAUGACCCAACACAAAUUAGUCCAGGGGUCGCAAGGGCUUAUUAUAGAGAGGACUCCUCUCACACAGGAUGGGCUACUUUAGAAAUCCAGACUACACCAUCUUAUCCAGACUGGGUACAAGCUUAUGCAGCAGGCCUGCUAGAAGGUAGUCUGUGCUGGAGGAUGAUUUACUGGCAUUGGCAAAACACUGUCGCAAACACAUGUAAAAACAGGGAGGAAUUCUGUGAUAAAAUAAGAAGGAAGGUGCUUGAGAACGCUGAGAAAAUGAAAGCGGAAGCAAAGAUCAAAGAUGCAACUGAUGCUUACUGGCAUCAAGUUAACAUGUUUUAUACACAACUUGCUGGAUUAGAAGAAGGUUGGAAGAAUGGUGUAUCUAGGAGCAGGAAAGAAAAAAUUUUUAACAUUCCCCAUGUAGACUUUAUAUGGAUGAAUAGUGCCAGUGAUCUGCGAGAUUUGGAAUUUCAGUACAAUGUGACCAAAUCUUACGAUCCCGCAAGUCCAGCCAAUUCGAUAGCUCUUCUCAAAUACUUGCCCAAUUCCAUGCCAAAUUUUAUUUUAGCCCACGAAGCAGCUGGAUAUUACAGUGAAAUGCUCAGGGUACAGAAGAAGUACAGCUUUAAUUUUCAUUACACCUCUCAUUCAGACAGCUUGCUCGUACCGGGUAACACUACAAUUUUCACCUCAUACCCCGGUUCGCUUUACUCGCAGGAUGACUUCUAUCACGUCCUGGGCAAAAACAACCUGACGAUUGCUGGGUCGUCAAUCAAAAAUUACAACAACUCUUUAUGGGAUAAAGUCAACCUUGAAAAUCUUAUGUUGGGACCGAGGGUAGUUGCUGCCAAUAGAUUAUCCAAGAAUGCAAAAACAUGGACGAAAAUUAUGUCAAGGAAUCAUAGCGGCACUGGUAACAAGCAAUGGCUCGUUGUGGAAACAGUUCAGGGGAUGCCAAAGCUGUGGGUCUUGGAGCAAAUGCCAGGUAUAACGGUUUCAAGGGACAUGUCAAAAAUUUGGUACAACUAUUCAUACUGGGUCAGCUACGGAGUGCCAUAUUUUGAGGAGGUGAGAAACGUGUCAGGGUAUGAUGAAGAAGGCGAUGGAGUAUACAUGGUCAAUAGAAUGAAAAUAGUCUUAGAUGUUCUUAGCAAAGGACAAAAGGAUGUAGUGGAUGAAGAAACCAUGGUGAAGCUUAUGAGGCAUCCAGAAAUAACAGCUUUAGGAAGGAGUGAUAUAUUUGUUUUAAAUAUCACCGGUGACAUGACAUACCAGAUGGUUGAUGACACAGGCUUUUCUGUCCAUUACAACCCGCACAAAAUCAAGAAUCAAAGUCAUGCUCAUUUUGUAGCUAACCAGGUUUCUGAAGAGAGUGCCAAAGGCGAUCAUGACCUUGACGUCCACAACAAGGGAUUUCAAGACAUGUUUAACGGUAUGAUCAACGGGAAAGGGCCAAAUGAUAGAUUAAAAGACAUACGUUGGCCAAGCACAGGAAACAAGGUCCACAGGGUACAUGCGAUAAAUGAAGACCCAAAUGAUUCAUUUAGAGAAUACGAUGGUCUGAUAGAUCUCAAAAUAUCACUUGGUCAUGCUGCAUUUAAAGCAGCAGCGGGUCCUCCUUAUACAGAAUAUUCCGACACUGUUAAGGUUGCACCUUUCCAAUGGUCAAAGACUUCUCUUAAAAGUAUCCCUCAUUAUGGCCAAGGUGACAAAUGGGAAUUCACUCCAACCUUAGAAAAAUGGGUCUGGUAGAGUUGACACACACUUUUCUACUCAUCCACACACUCGACAUGUACUCUUUUUUAAAUCUAAAUAUUUAUAUUCCAAAUAAGAUAUUUUGUAACUUUGGUACGAAAAUAAAUUAAU